AUGGCGACGACUUCGUCCUCCGCCGCCACGUCCAAGGCCGCUGGCAACUUCCCCGAUGGCACCUCCGACUACAUUCCCGCUCGUGCCUCCAAGGCUGCCGACAGCAAGAAGCCUCACAUUUCUACUCAGCCAAUCACAUGGGGCAACUGGUAUAAGCACGUCAACUGGUUGAACACGACGUUCAUCCUCGUCAUCCCCCUCGUUGGCCUGAUCUCCUCCUACUGGGUUCCUCUCCAGUGGAAGACCGCUGUCUUCGCCGUCGUUUAUUACUUCAACACCGGUCUUGGAAUUACUGCUGGAUACCACCGUCUUUGGGCCCACCGCUCCUACAAGGCCAGCCUCCCCCUGAGAAUCUACCUCGCCGCCGUCGGCGCUGGUGCUGUUGAGGGCUCCAUCCGAUGGUGGUCUCACGGCCACCGCGCUCACCACCGAUACACCGAUACCGACAAGGACCCCUACUCCGUCCGUAAGGGCCUUCUCUACAGCCACAUCGGCUGGAUGGUCAUGAAGCAGGACCCCAAGCGCAUGGGCCGAACCGACAUCUCCGAUCUCAACGAGGACCCUGUUGUCAUGUGGCAGCACAUCCACUUCAUCAAGUGCGUCAUCGGCAUGGGUGUUGUCUUCCCUACCCUCGUCUGUGGUCUCGGCUGGGGUGACUGGAUGGGUGGCUACAUCUACGCCGGCAUUCUUCGCAUCUUCUUCGUCCAGCAGGCUACCUUCUGCGUCAACUCCCUGGCUCACUGGCUCGGUGACCAGCCCUUCGACGACCGCAACUCUCCUCGUGACCACGUCAUCACUGCUCUCGUCACUCUCGGUGAGGGAUACCACAACUUCCACCACGAGUUCCCCUCCGACUACCGCAACGCCAUUCAGUGGUGGCAGUACGACCCUACCAAGUGGAGCAUCUGGACCUGGAAGCAGCUUGGCCUUGCCUCCGACCUGAAGCAAUUCCGCCAGAACGAGAUCGAGAAGGGUCGUGUCCAGCAGCUCCAGAAGAAGCUCGACCAGAAGCGAGCCAAGCUUGACUGGGGUGUUCCCCUUGAACAGCUCCCGGUCAUCAGCUGGGACGACUUUGUUUCGCAGUCCAAGAACGGACGUGGUCUUGUUGCCAUCGCUGGUGUUAUCCACGAUGUUACCGAUUUCAUCAAGGACCAUCCCGGUGGCAAGGCUCUUAUCUCUUCCGCCAUUGGAAAGGAUGCGACUGCCACUUUCAACGGCGGUGUCUACCUCCACUCGAACGCCGCUCACAACCUUCUCUCCACCAUGCGCGUUGGUGUUCUUCGCGGCGGUUGCGAGGUUGAAAUCUGGAAGCGCGCUCAGUUCGAGAACAAGGACAUGACCUAUGUCACCGACUCCAACGGCCAGCGUAUCACUCGUGCCGGGGAUCAAGUCACCCGCGUUCAACCUCCCGUCGCCAGCGCCGACGCUGCAUGA